UCAGCUAGUGAGAGAAAAUGAACGUCUUUUCCGACUUGGCUGCAAAGGACCUCCCUGCUUCACUCAACAUGUCCAAGUCUUUGCCCGGAACACCGGACUACGGAUUCAAUUCUACCAGUGGCCCUCCGUCUAUGUCAAUAACAAGACUUUUUCCAGCCCUAUUAGAAUGCUUUGGCAUAAUCCUUUGUGGGUACAUAGCAGGAAGAGCUAACAUCAUUACAGCCACACAGGCCAAAGGACUAGGAAAUUUUGUCUCUCGAUUUGCACUGCCAGCUUUACUGUUCAAAAAUAUGGUUGUACUUAACUUUUCCAAUGUAAAUUGGUCCUUUCUCUAUAGUAUAUUAGUUGCCAAAGCUUCUGUAUUCUUCAUUGUGUGUGUGUUGACCUUACUGGUAGCCAGUCCCGAGAAUCGAUUUAGCAAAGCUGGACUGUUCCCUAUAUUUGCUACCCAAAGUAAUGACUUUGCGUUGGGAUUUCCUAUAGUUGAAGCGUUAUAUCAAACCACUUAUCCCGAGUAUCUUCAGUAUAUUUACUUGGUGGCGCCAAUAUCUCUCAUGAUGCUAAACCCAGUAGGGUUUAUCUUCUGCGAAAUUCAGAAAUGGAAGGAGAAUCGUAACGCAUCUCAAAGCAAAAUCAAAAUAGUGGGACUUGGCCUGCUGCGGGUGUUGCAGAACCCGAUUGUGUUUAUGGUUUUCAUUGGAAUUGCCUCAAAUCUUGUUCUUGGUCAGAAGGUGCCGGUGUAUUUGGAAAAUUUCCUAGAUGGACUUGCCAGUUCUUUUUCUGGCUCAGCCCUGUUUUAUCUUGGGCUCACAAUGGUGGGACAAAUAAAGAAACUGAAGAAGUCUACAUUUGUUACACUGAUUCUUCUCAUCACUGCUAAACUCUUGGUGAUGCCACUUCUGUGCAGAGAAAUGGUGGAACUCUUGGACAAAGGCCGUGGCGUAGUGAACCACACUAGUUUAUCGAACUAUGCUUUUUUAUAUGGAGUCUUUCCAGCAGCACCGGGGGUCGCCAUCUUUGCAACCCAGUUCAAUAUGGAAGUAGAGAUUAUAACUUCAGGAAUGGUGAUAAGCACUUUUGUAUCCGCUCCAAUCAUGUAUGUUUCCGCGUGGUUGCUGACAAUUCCGUCUAUGGAUCCAAAGCCACUGGCAUAUGCCAUCCAGAAUAUCAGUUUUGAUAUAAGUAUUGUCAGUCUGGUCUCCUUGAUCUGGUCCCUCGCUGUUCUGCUACUGAGUAAAAAGUAUAAACAACUUCCCCAUAUGCUGACCACCAAUUUGCUCAUCGCUCAGUCGAUAGUCUGCACCGGGAUGAUGAUGUGGAAUUUUGUUAAAGAGAAAAAUUUUGUUGGGCAGAUUCUGGUGUUUGUGCUUUUAUACAGCUCCCUCUAUAGCACUUACCUAUGGACAGGACUCCUAUCAAUUUCUCUGUUUCUGUUGAAGAAGAGGGAGGCGGUACAGAUUCCUGUCGGGUUCAUCAUCAUCUCUGGUUGGGGCAUUCCCGCUCUCCUAGUGGGCGUUCUUUUAAUAGUUGGGGAGCACAAUGGAGACAGCAUCGACUCAGCCUUUUUUUAUGGGAAACAUCAGAUGAUCACCACAGCAGUCACCUUAUCGUGCAGCAUAUUGAUAUCAGGCGUCUCUCUUAUGUGCAUGAACCGGAGUGGCCCGGAAGGGAAUUACGAAGGAUUGGACCACCAUUCCGAGACCACCAAAGUAGAAGAAAAUGCUGCUGUUGCCAUUGAAGAGAAUCAGGCGCCAACAGAUGAGCCAGAGGGUUUUGCAAAUUCUGCUGCACGAAGAAGUUGCUGCUCCUGUUCUGUGGGAAGCAGUGGAUUGUGCUGUUCAGCAGCAGAACCGGUAGCAAGUGCAAGCACGGUCGAGCCUGUGACUCCUUCCUUUGAGACAGCUGAUCACUGCGUGAGUCGGUGCAACUCUCAGAGCUGCAUCUUAGCCCAGGAGGAAGAGCAGUUUCUACAGAGCGGAGAUAAACAACUGGCCAGACACGUCGUGCUGUGCUUACUCCUCGUCGUCGGCCUGUUUGCUAACCUUUCCAGUUGUUUGUGGUGGCUGUUCAACCAGGAACCUGGAAGACUUUAUGUUGAGUUACAGUUUUUUUGUGCAGUGUUUAACUUUGGCCAGGGUUUUAUUUCCUUUGGAAUCUUUGGAUUAGAUAAACAUUUAAUCAUCCUGCCGUUCAAAAGAAGACUUGAAUUUUUCUGGAAUAAUAGAGAUGCAGCAGAACACAGAGACUCCCCAGUUCCAGAAGAAAUUAGGAUGACUUGUCAACAGUUUGUUCAUUAUCAUCGCGAUCUCUGUGUCCGAAGUAUUGUCAAGGAAAGGAGGUGUGGUGCCAAGACCUCUGCUGGGACCUUCUGUGGCUGUGAUCUGGUGAACUGGCUCAUUGAAGUCGGCCUUGCCUCGGACCGGGGGGAAGCCGUGAUCUACGGAGACAGGCUAGUGCAAGGGGGAGUCGUCCAGCACAUUACUAAUGAAUUUGAAUUUCGAGAUGAUUACUUGUUCUACCGCUUUCUGCAAAAGAGCCCGGCCCCAAGCCCGAGGGCUGCUGACUGUAGCACGUCCUCCCAGACCAGGAGGAUAGAAAUUGAGCCUUCAUCCCCCUCCUCACCUCUCCACUCUCCGGCCAUCAAGACCUAAAACAGACAAAGGAGUCUGAUGGAUUUUGAAGGACAUUCAAGACUAAGUUUAUAUGGUACUGUACUAAUUACUAACUAGGUCAGUGUUGUUGGGUUUGUUUUUUUUUAAAUCAUUGAUUUGUUCAGUUGUUUUUAAUUAUGUGAUUGCAAAGGGAACCCAAGAAACCCAUUGGUCUGAAGUAUCUAGUUGGACAGUUGAUGUACAACUGGGAGUGAAUGGAUUUUAUGGAUCCGUAAUAUGGAUUUGUGCACUAUGCUCCACUCAGUGGGGAAAAACUGACAGUCUGCAGCUAUUUUCGCUCACUAUCACUUAAAUGUUGAGAGGAAUUGUUUUGAUUUAGGGUUCUCCUCUUUUUAAUUUGUAAAUCAGUGAGAGGAAGAAGCAUGUAUUUCAGACAGUGUAAACUCAAAAGAAUUAGCCCUGCCCUCACUUAUUUAGCACAUCUGAACCACUUAUUUACCUUCUGAAGUAGAGUGGAUAUUCCAUUUUCCUGCCCUCUGAAGAUCGACAAGAGUCACGGCAAGGUACUGUAAGACUAAUGGCUAAUUUUAUUAUUUCCUUUAUGACAGUCUUGUCUUAAUGUUCGAGUCUAAGUGACAUCUGUAUUAACAAUGCUCAGGAGUUGGUUGUUUUUAGGGUGAGAAACAAACUGCUAUUCCAGUUACAAUUCAUUUACAGUAAUAAUUGAAAUGCUUUACCACAUGCAUGCAAGAAUCUCAUAUUUAAGCUUGUAUUUUGCUUUUGUACAGAUCUUAGUGCAUGUGGUUCAUUAUAUGCAAAAAGGGAAACAAACAACUUGCAACUUUUUCUGCAGAAAGCUGUGGAUCCUGGCAACCCAUGGCUUCAGAGCACUUUUGUUAUGACAACAGGUUUUUGAAAUUAGUAUGGAUAGACUAAUGGAGCGAAUCUUACUUUCUCAAUAAAGCCAUAGUAUUUUA